AUGGCUUCACCUUCAUUGAAGAAGAUCAACGUGAAAUGUUCCGAAGGCGAGGUGUUGGAGGUAGAAGAGGCUUUGGUGAAUGCAUCUCCCACUAUGAAGCGUUUGAUUGAAGAAAAGUACAGUAAGAGUGAGAAUAAUAUCAUCAUCACCUUGCCAGAAAUCUCGAUUCAAAUCUUGUCAAAGAUCAUUGAUUUCAUGAAUAAACAUGCUGAUGAUGUUGAUGAUCCCAGCAAGGCCUCUAAGAGCGAUAAGGAAAGUCUCAAUAAUUGGGACACAGAGUUCAUCAAAGUUGACGUGGACACACUGUAUGACCUUAUCCUGGGAGCACACUAUCUCAAAAUUCAAAAACUUCUUGAUUUGGGAUGCAAGACUGUGGCGGACAAAAUGAAGGGAAAGACCCCCGAAGAGAUACGCCAAAUUUUUGACAUCAAGAAUGAUUUUUCUGAUGAGGAAGAAAAAGAGAUUCGGAACACUAGCCCAGUUUUCUAUGAUCUAUAA